UUAGAAAAGAAAAGUUUUUGCUCCUUUCACAGUUAGUUUGUCCAUACUUUUUUUUUUUUUGUGACUCUUUAAAAAAAAAAGAGUGCGGGGGUGAAAAAUAAUACGGACAGGCGCAAUAUGAGUCCCUUCAAAAACGUCAAGGGGCCUGUUAAAAAACAACUCUCUUUUUAACCUGUAUAAAAUGUCUAGUUUGUUAAAGCUUGCACGUAUCUUACCUGCAGCCACAGUCGGCCGUCACAUUUUACCUACUGUUGCAAUCACUAAGAGAUUUGCUUCCAACUUCCACCAACACAACAAUACUGCCCAACCCCAAGAAGAUAUCCUUCAAUACAGAGAGAAACCAGAGUCUUUAUCUUAUUUCACUGGUAAUUUCAAGUAUAACGAUUUAUUGAUCGAGCUCGAUGCACUCCACAAACGUUUUGUUGAUUGGAAACCAACUGAUGCUUUAAACGAAACUGCUGACAUUCAACAAGAUUUGACCGAAGAUAAAGUUUAUUCUUGGAAGUUACGUGAUAAGAUGUCAGAAUUAUUGAGCAUUCCCUUGACCACUUCUCAAUGGAGAAAGAUCACUUCUCAAUUGACUGCUCUCGCAUCUCUCCCCCACCCUUUACCUCCUUCAGUAACCAGUAUUUUGGAACCCUACCAAAGAUUUGAUAACACACAGAACAACCAAGUUCAAUCACGCACUUUGGAUGAAUUCGGACGUGCUUAUGCUGCUGGUCGCAGAAAGGAAUCCAGUGCUAGAUGUUAUCUUGUUGAAGGUGAAGGCAAAAUUUUGGUUAAUGGUAUGGAGUUGAACGAAUAUUUCCAGAGAUCUGUAGAUAGAAAUGAAGUUACUUUACCACUUGACGUUACUGAACUUAAGGAAAAAUAUAACGCUUGGGUCGUCGUCAACGGUGGCGGAACCACAGGUCAAGCACAAGCUAUCAAACUCGGUCUUGGCAAAGCAUUAUUGAUCCACAAUGACGAAUUAAAGCCUGUCUUACGUAAGGCCGGCUGUAUCACACGUGAUCCUAGAGUUGUAGAGAGAAAGAAGCCUGGUCUCAGAAAGGCCAGAGCAAGGUACACUUGGGUCAAACGUUAGAUUGGCUAGCCAGCUCUUCAUUUCAUUCAUCGCUGUUACAAAUAACUUUGUUCUAUUUUACUUUUUUUUUAACAAUAAACGCCUCUCAACAUGAGUUAGACUAGA